CCAUACAAAAACUUUCAGAUAUUAUCCAAAAGAUGAAAAAAUUCAUUAGCGAAAUAACACAAUUAAAAGGGCUGCGAAAAUAUAGUCAAACCAAAUCAAUUCAAACUAUGUUUUAUGAAUUAACGACAGAAUUUGAUAGAUGCAUAAAUAUGUUAAAUUUUAUUAAUACAUAUAACAUAAAAAGUCGUACAGAGUAUGAAAAAGAGAUUAUAGAUAAUGAUCUUGAAAAACUUAAUCAGUAUCUUUUCAAAAUAGGUGGUGGUAUUACUGAUGAAAAUUAUAACAUAAGUGAGACUAUCAAUGAAAUAAAUUUUGUCAAAAAAUUCAUUUGGGAUUCAAGAUCUAAUCGAGAAAGUCGAGAGCAAAUUCAGGAAAUUAUUGAAGAUCAAAAUAAGCUACUUGAACUUGCUGAUUUUAUAGAAACAGAUGAAACACGUGGAAAAAAAGUUAGAAAGUACAUUCGCCUAGUUGAUAGCAAAGCUGUCGCUUUUAAAUUCGUAUCUGAUGAAUCAGAUACUAUAAAUGUUCAAAAUGAUAUUCGAAAACAUGUUGCUAUUCUAAUGAAGCUUAAGGAUUGCCAUCAGAUAAUUCAGUUUCAUGGCCUUAUUUCUGACGACAACGACGAAAAGCUUUAUUUAGUGACUGAGUGGACUGAACGUGGCAAUUUAAGAGAAUUUUAUAAUAAUUACCGUUACGGUGGCCCUAUUGACGCUAGAAAAAAAUUAAGUAUUGCAAUAAAUAUUCAGAUAGUUCACCAAAACAUUAGGCCGGAAAACAUUUUGAUUACUGCAAACGAAACUGCAAAAAUUGCCAACUUUUUAUUUAAUAGAUGCAGUAUAACUGUUCGCUACACUGCCCCUGAAAGUUUUGGUAUUCUUUUAUGGGAGUUAGCAGAGCAAAGAAUUCCAUAUGAAGACCUCGAUGAUAUUAUGGAAAUUAAAAAUCGUGUAGAUAAGGAAAAAUAUCGUGAACCAUUUACAGAUUAUUCUGGGUUACCAAAAGAAUAUAAGGAUAUCUCUAGAAAAGCUGUUAGUGCUGAUCCCGAAUUUAGACCAACUUUAACAGAAAUGUUUGAAACUCUCCAAAACCUACUUGAACCAUCAAAUACUCCAAACUUUUUCUCUAAAAUACCUUAUAAAAUUACUGAUGUUUCGCCCAUAUCACAUUUUUAUAAUAAUGAAAAUAAUAUUCCAUAUGAUAAAAUUCAAGUUGCAGAGACUAUCAACUUUGCUGAAUUUAAUUAUAUGACAAAGAAAGAAGCCGUAUCAACUCAUCGUGCUACUAAUGGUAAUUUGGAGAUGGCAUUCAAAUGUUUAAAUGCAUAUGCAAAAUUAGGGGAUUUAAAAGCAAAAUACUUUGUUGGUUAUUACCUUUACAAAAAGCUAAUAAAUACUUCUUAUACUGAAGAAGAAAGAGAAAGGCGUGCUGCUCAAUUGUUUAAAGAAGUUGCGGAUGUAAGUGAUGAAAUACCUGAUGCACAAUUAAAAUACGGGUUAUGUUUAUUUAAUGGUACGGGUGUCGAUAAAAAUUAUUCAGAAGCUGCAAAAUAUUUUAAGAAAGCUGCUGAUAAUGGACUUAUAGUUGGCAUGUAUAAUUUUGGAAAUAUACUUUAUGCUGGCCUUACUGGUGUUAAAGAUGAAGAAUUAGGUGUGAAAUAUAUUAGAAGAGCUGCUCAGAAAAAUCAUAAAGAAGCCAUUGAAUUUUGUAGAAAAAAUAAUGUUUCCAUCAUUUAA